GUCUACUCAGUACAUAAUAUAUCUAUAUUAGGUUCGUCGACCUGUCUCGCCGUUGAGAAAAGUGGGUUCAGAGUCACACCGCCAAUCAACAUUUGCCGAACCAGGCCAGCCCAUAUUAUGUGUCAAUUGAUUUGAUUCCUCAAAUGUGGGUCUUUCCAUGCGUUGUGAAGUCCACCGUACUGUGGAGUACAUGGAUAUUGGAAAUUGCACUGCUGAGCUGACUGUUAUCUUGCCGCUGGAUUGUCAACGAGCCGACUGCGUUGUCGAAUCAUACACCUCUCAAUUGUUAUUCAAGCCCCCAAAGCAAACGGGAAGACCGAGGAUCCGGUUCCUCUGCAUACAGUGUGACGUGUGUGUAUCCAAUGCGGGUUGGUUGUACAAUGAUUGGGGUGGUAUAUGAGGCUCAACUCGAUGUACUCCAAGAUAUAGCUCAUGAGGUGGGCCAUCUCUUUCAGCUUUGGUAGAUGGUCUUUCUUAUUGGAUAUCCUGUACUGAGUUCAAGUGAUAAGCAUGUUUGCUGGUUGAUAAUGGGACUGAUCGAAAUGUGUAUUGGGUUCUGUAUUGGAAUUUACGUGCAGGAAGAAUGAUAACAAGAAUG